CCUGAGUGUGAGGGUUUCGCUCCAUGAUGACCGAGCCGGUGACUUUGCUCUACUUUAUUCCCUCUCGGCCCGUGUCACUUCUCUGCCUCGCUCUCCUUCUCAGUGUCUCUCUUGACUUCAUCCUCUCAGACAGGCUGUUAAUCCGUCCUGCCCUCGUCCUCCUGAGUCUGCUGAGAGGGCGGCCGACAGUAGAGAGAGAAGUGGGCAAUAACGUGAAUAAUCCAACAGGCAGCUUCAUCGCUCCGCGCUGACACACAAUAGCAUGAGAACUGUACUUCUAGGUCAGGCCGAGACAGUGUAGAGCAAAACCCCCAAGUGUUAGUCAUUGUACAGAAGUAAAAGAAUGAAGGAAAGAAAGGAAAUGUGGUUUUAAACCAAAAUGUGUUAGUUUGUCUAUUUUAGCGCCUGCUGAUUUUAUCAUUUACAACUUCUUACAUAUAGUUUCUGCUACAGUAACAUUUUAAUAGCGAGUUCACACAGAAUAACGGUAAUAAUGUGCACAGAAAGAAACCAAUGCUGAACAAACUGUAUAUUUUCGCUGGUAUCUCUUAUCUCAGCCACACUGAAUACAGCAGCAACAGGUGAUGCUGCGUAUGCAAAUGACCCGCCUGGUUGCCAUGGCGAAGAUAAUUAUGACACAACGUAUUCAAACAUCUCGCCUGAGCUUGAGUCUGCAGAGGUUCCAAAUUAUGGAAAUAUUUUUCAUGCUAAGAGUCACCGGCAGUUUGGUUUGGAGACAAUGCAACGACCUCCUGAUUGGAAUCCUCUACACGGUGUUUGGGGUGCUGUCGGUGCUGGGGAACGGGACCCUGCUCCUGGUGGUCUACAGGAAGAAGUCGUCCCUGAAGCCGGCAGAGUUCUUCGUGGUCAACCUGGCCGUCAGCGACCUCAGCAUGUCGGUGACGCUGUUCCCGCUGGCGAUCCCCUCGGCCUUCGCCCACAUGUGGCUCUUUAAUACCACCGCCUGCACGGUCUACGCCUUCUGUGGCGUCUUGUUCGGUCUGAGCAGUCUGACCAACCUCAUGGUUCUGUCCUGCGUCUGCUGGCUCAAGGUCUGCUGCCCAAACUACGGGAGCAAGUUCUCGCCCUGCCACGCCGCCCUGCUGGUGGCCGGGGUGUGGUGCUACGCCGGGGUCUUCGCCGUGGGCCCCCUGUGGGGCUGGGGGGGCUACGGCGAGGAGCCGUACGGCACGGCGUGCUGCAUCGACUGGCACGCGCCCGGCCGCGACUCCGCCGCCAUGAGCUACGUCGUGUGCCUCUUCUUCUUCUGCUACGUGGCGCCGUGCGCCGUCAUCUUCCUGUCCUACACCUUCAUCCUGCUGACGGUGCGCGGCUCCCGCCAGGCUGUGCAGCAGCACAUGUCCCCGCAGAACAAGACCACCAACGCCCACGCGCUCAUCAUAAAGGUGAGCACCAUCUCGGGCCCGUUCUUUGUUGCCGGCUGUGUGUCGAUGACUGUCGUGACUGUCCUGCAGCUCUCUGUGGCCGUCUGCAUCGGGUUCCUCACAGCGUGGAGCCCCUACGCCAUCGUGUCCAUGUGGGCGGCCUUUGGUAACUCGGCAGCGGUGCCGCCCAUGGCUUUCGCUAUGGCAGCCAUCUUUGCCAAGUCCUCCACCCUCUACAAUCCCGUCAUCUACCUGGUGUUCAAGCCCAACUUCCGCAAGUCCCUGUGCCGGGACGUGGCCCGGUGCCGGACGGCGCUCUGCGGGCGCCCGUGCGGCGGCGGCGGUGGCGCGGCGCAGAAGGGACCCUGCACGCGGGCGCAUCACAUGGACGAGUGCAACUCCACGCGUCUGUCCAACGGGCUGCCGGGCGACCACGGGACGUGCCGGCACUGCCCCGGCGCGGCCGCCGGCAGCAGGAGCCCGGCCGAGGCCCGGCCCCGGCGGGCGGCCAGCGUGCUGACGGCGCCGCGAGGCGAGGUCGUCAGCACGCUGUCCAACGAGCUGCAGAGCGACUUCCUCUGAGGCCUCGAAUGUGUGAUGCUGCCAAAAGACACGACCACAAACCGGAGAAACAAGCCAAACAUGCACCUAGCAUCUAUGAGGACGAAGACUCAAAACCUUUUGUGGGGCCUCUUGUUUCAUUCUCCAUAUUUGUCACAUUAAUACAUUGAUCUGAUUGGGUGCGUCGAUUUAAGAGCCAUGAGGUCACAUUUCAGAUGCAGAUCAAGUUGUUUGUAAAGUUGUAUAGUUUUAGUCAUGAUGCAGGAAAAGAAGGGAAGAUGAUGGAAGAUGUUUCCCACCGCUCGGUGACGGGUUCCCAUGGAGUCCGUUCUGUGAGCUGAAUGGAAUGUUUACGAGGAGAAAUGAAUUCUGCUUGUUUUUUGCUGCCCUGGGGUCCUGGUUAAAACCCACAGGAGGUCACCGCUGCAUGCGUUAUGACCGAUUUCAGCUUUGUGUGCAUCAAAGGGGUAUGUGUAUGUAUGUGUGUAUUUUUCUAAUGUGCCUCUGUGAAGUGAAUAUGUGCUUUCAUGGGCAGAAGUGCAAAUGUGCUGCUCCUGAGAGAAGCUAACAAUGUGUCAGCAGUUUCUCUCUGACGCACAAACAACAACAACAGAGGAAACACUGGAAUUAGUUUAUGAAGCAACUUUUAAGCCAUUACAACAACAGAGGAGAGACUGGCUCUGUGUGUGUAUAAAGGACUACAGACGAGGCCACUUGCCUUUGAAUUGGCCUCAGCACCUGCCAAAACUCAACCACUAAAACCUGCCCAGCGCGGGUGGUUGAGUUUAUCAGCGUCUAAUAAGCAGUUUCCCACUGGAAGCAUUUUGUUUGCCAUCACACUGAAGAACAAUGAAUUGUAAUUUAUAUUGGCCUCUGAUUGGAAGCCACCAUUGCCAUCGUUCUACUCAACCCAUUGUUAGCUCACGGCUCAGACCUGCGUUUGUACCUGCGGCCUCUCAUUCAUUGUAGUGAAGCUCUGCACUAAUGCUGACGACUCCAGGCUGAAACCUUGUCUCACUGUAACUCGCUCCACCAACAGUCUCCUGCACCGCUGGCCUGCAGACGAUCAAAGCAACCGCUGUUUAUUUUUAUUAAAUUAAAUGUAUGAAUAUGAUCAAAAUGCCAUAAAUAUUGUGUUUUAUCAUAUAUAUUUAUGAUGAUAUCAAAACUACUGUCUACAACAACUUUACAGAUGCAGGGUCUCGCUUCAUUACUUGAAUAUGAUUGUACAGUAUUUGCUGCUCUGAUGUGUUGAGGCCACUAGUUUGUUACUGAGCCAUAAUAUUUGAGGUUUGAUUAAAAAUGAUGAUUUGCUCUUCAUGCUGCUACCAAAGGUUCUGCUCACAUCUGGUUUUGGACACAUCUGCCCACUGAUAUGCUGGUUAGCAAUGAAAGAACUGGGUAGACGACUGUUGAAGCUCGUAUGCGUGUGUGUGUGUGUGUAUGUAGACACGUAACGCUUCCCCACAGUCUUAUUUUUGCUUUAAUGCAUUUGUAUGUGUCAGUCGUGACUUUGAUAGAGUUUAAUGAUCCAAUGGGCAGAUUGUUAUUGGCAGCUGCUACGUCUGAACUGCUGCUCAGAGGUUCAUCGUCCUAAAAAGCACAGACUGCAGUGUUUACAUUUAGUCAUGAAUGAUGAUGUUGUAUGAAACCAGGAGGAAACAUGCUGAAUGCUCAGGUGUUUUAUCGGGGUUAGAGUUUGGUUUGCAUCGUGUAAUGCAUGUCCAGAUGCCAUGUGUAAGAAAUGAUUCUAAAAGUGAAAAAAUAAAAAAAUAUGUGAAAUGAACCUGAAAAAAGAAAAGCUAUUUAAAAUUCUGUCUGUCUAUAUUUACCAUAAUCGUUCUAUUAUCACGUUAAUGUAACUCAAAUUUAUUUAGUUUUCCCUUCUUUUAACUCAAAUAGCAAAAUCUUUAACAUAUAAAGUCUCCAUAAAAUGACCAUUCAAGCUGACUAUUCCCACCAUGAUGUUGUUAGUUUAACACAGAAGAAGUUGAAAAAUGUAUUUCUUAGGUUGUUGCAUUUGCAUUUUCUUUGAAGGCAGCUCCGUCCACAGUAUCUCCCAAUUAAGCAUGGAAUGUAUUUGUGGCUCCUGUGGCUGAAUUUAAAUUGGAAAUCGUAGCUGGUGUUUGAUGCAAUUACAGGGACUUGGAUGAGCUGUUCACUACAAGCAAGCUUAAUUACUGAGACAUGACAGUGCUCCUGAAGCAGCUGCUGGCUGCAGCCAUCACCUGCUCACGCAUCAGGAAACCCCCCAUCAUCACCCGUUAAUCAUCGUCACUCUCUGAAUCACACCUGGUCACAAGCAUUUUGUGAAUCUGUUUGAGACAAGAGUCUGUGAAUUAGCAGCACAUCUUUAUGCACACCUGGUUAACUCAACUUCUACACUGGGUGGUGUUUAGUCAGCUCUCUGUAAGUCGGUGCUACGUCAUGUAAAUUAGAUGAAUGCGAACAGUUUUUCUUCAGGUUAGAAAAGCAAAUGCUUUGUCCUCCUAAAGGAAUGAUCCAUGUUACUAAUGUAAGUCUGACAGCAGCACCACACACUCAGUUUCUACCAUAUAUACAGUAUGAGGCUGAAUUUGGUGCUUUGUGUAUAUACUGUACAACAUGUGUAUGUAGAAAGGUCCGUAUACAUGAUUUUAAAUAUCAUUAUUAUUGUGAAGUCUCGGAUGCACUGUGGAAAAUGUUUACAUCUUUUGUUUAAAACAACUGUGUAAAAAAUGUUUAAUACUUUUAUUCAAAAGUACAUCAAAUGUCAAAAUUAAACUAAUAUUCAGUAUAUGUAUUUGUGUAUUGAUUUUUUUAAAUAAGCUUGAGGGCAGCUAAUACUAAUAGUUAAACCUACAUUUGUCCAAUAUGACGAGAACAGGGAGGUUUGAUCAUAUCACAGCUCUUCACUGGCUCCCGGUCAAGUUUAGGAUUGAUUUUAAGAUUUGAGCAGAAAAUUGUUGUCUUUUCAUCAGCUAAAAUGGAAAAUUACUUAUUUAUUACAUUUUUUUAUCCUUGUGUUGUUUAUCUGCUUGUUCAUGUGUAAAGCACUUUGUACACGUGUUUGAUAAGUGCUCUAUAAAUAAAGUUAUUACUAUUAUUAUUAUAAAUUAA